AUGGAAGAACAAGAUAAAGACAUGGAUAAAAUGAGACAAGAUAUUAAUAAUCUUGGGGAACAAGUUUCAAAAAUACUGGAAUUGCUUUCAGCAGGAAAAGGAAAAGUCGUCGUAGAAACAGCACAAUCAAGUAAUCCGGUUCAAGACACCGAUGAUCCCAUUUAUCCCCCAGGAUUUACGCCACGCCACAUGAACGCUACACAGUCUCAAACCGCUCAACAUUAUGUUGCUAUGAAUCCACUUUUUGAUGUUCCACCUCCUGUCCCAGAUAUAGAACAAUUGGAAACUCAGGCUAAAAUUCAAGACAUGGGGCAAAAUGAAAACACUCCGGCUAAGCAAAAACUAGAUGUUUUGGAAGAAAGAUUGCGAGCAAUUGAAGGGACUGAUGUUUAUGGAAAUAUAGAUGCAACACAGUUGUGUUUAGUACCGGGUUUGAUCAUUCCAACAAAGUUUAAAGUUCCCGAAUUUGACAAAUAUGAUGGAUCAUCGUGUCCAAGGAGUCAUCUUAUAAUGUAUUGUAGAAAGAUGGCAGCGCAUAUUGGUAAUGAUAAAUUGUUGAUCCAUUGCUUUCAGGACAGUUUGACUGGUCCAGCUACUCGAUGGUAUAUUCAAUUAGAUAAUGCACACAUUCAUGUUUGGAAGGAUUUAGCUGAUGCAUUUCUAAAGCAAUACAAACAUAAUAUUGAUAUGGCUCCAGAUCGUUUAGACUUACAACGGAUGGAGAAGAAAAGUUCAGAAAGCUUUAAAGAAUAUGCUCAACGAUGGAGAGAUAUAGCCGCAGAGGUUCAACCACCAUUAACAGACAAAGAAAUGACAUUUAUGUUUAUGAAUACUUUGCGGGCGCCGUUCUAUGAUCGAAUGAUUGGUAAUGCUACAACCAAUUUUUCUGACAUUAUUGUUAUUGGUGAAAGAAUUGAAUAUGGGAUAAAACAUGGGAGGUUAAUAGAGACUUCAGCUGAGUAUGGUGGAUUAAAGAAAGGAGCAACACCUAAGAAGAAAGAAGGUGAGGUUCAUGCAAUUGGUUUUCCUAAUUUAGGGAACCACAAAUCAACUUUUGGCCAAAGAAAACAUGACCAAAGUUUUCCUUCAUAUAUAAGCAAUGUUACUCAUAUCCCUUAUAACAACUAUGGUAGCAAGACCAACUCAGAAACAUUUCGAUUUGACCCAAUUCCUAUGACAUAUACAGAGCUUUUACCUCAGCUAGUUCAUAAUCGACAGUUAGCUCCUAUCCCAAUAAAUCCUAUACAACCUCCUUAUCCAAAAUGGUAUGAUCCAAAUGCUCGAUGUGAUUAUCAUGCCGGAGGAGUGGGACACUCAACUGAAAAUUGUUUAGCUUUGAAAAGGAAGGUGCAAUCUUUAAUUAAUGCUGGAUGGUUGAGCUUCAAAAAAGCUGGUGAGAAGCCGGAUGUCAACAACAAUCCACUUCCUAAUCAUGAAAAUUCAAAAGUGAAUGCGAUAGAUUGUUUUGUUGGAAAGUGUAAAAAUGAAGUUCAUGAGAUAAGGAUGCCUAUGGAAACACUUUUUGAAGGUCUUUUUGAAGCAGGAUAUGUUAGUUUGGAGUAUUUAGACCCCAAUAUAAGAUACGAAGGAUACGAUGAAGGCAAACGUUGUAUAUUCCAUCAAGGAGUUGCAGGCCACCUAUCCAACGAUGUUAUACUCACAGUAUACGAAGGACAAGGAAAAGAUGAGAUGAAAGACAAUAAAAUAUGUACAUUAAUGGGUGAAGUUGCAAAAAAGGAAAAUCCCUUUUUACCAAGGCCUUUGACAGUCUUUUAUCAAGAAAAUCGUAAUAAAUCAAGUUCUUGCAAUCCUAAACAACUCAUUGUCGAAGUACCGAGUCCUUUCAAAUUUAAGGAUUUGAAAGCGGUGCCAUGGCGGUAUGAUUGCCAAGUCAUUACAGGUCCUUCAGUUGAUAAUAUUACAGGAAUCAGCGGGAUAACUCGAAGUGGAAGAUGUUAUAAACCAGAUAAUUUAACAGCUCCUUCAAGUAGUUUAACAUUGGGGCAAGGGAGGAAAAGUGAGAAAAGAAAUGUGAAUGAACAUGACAAAGAGCAGGAUGUAGAGAUGUCUGUCAUAGCAAAAGAUAUAGAAUGCAAAAAACCUGUUACAGAUGAGGCAGCAAACGAAUUCUUGAAAAUAGUAAAACAAAGUGAGUAUAAGAUCAUAGAGCAAAUGCAUAAUACUCCAGCUCGAAUUUCUUUAUUAUCUUUGUUUUUAAAUUCAGAGCCUCAUCGCAAAGUGCUAUUAGAUAUUUUGAAUAAGGCACAUGUUGGACAUGACAUUUCAGUGGAAAAGUUCAGCGGAAUUAUUGGAAGCAUUACGUCUUCAAAUUCUAUAGUCUUCACGGAUGAUGAAAUUCCCCCUGAAGGUUUAGGCCAUAUAAAAGCACUGCAUAUUCAAGUGAAGUACAAGGAUUAUGUUAUAGCAAGAGUUUUAGUGGAUAACGGUUCAGCUCUUAAUAUAAUGCCUAAAUCUACACUAUUAAAGCUCCCAGUGGACAUGUCAUACAUCAAAUCAAGUACUAUGGUAGUGAGAGCUUUUGAUGGAUCACGAAGAGAAGUAAUUGGUGACAUUGAAUUACCAAUCAAAAUUGGCCCAUGUACUUUCAAUAUAGUCUUUCAAGUAAUGGAGAUAACACCUACUUACAGCUUUUUGUUAGGUCGUCCUUGGAUUCACUCUGCAGGAGUGGUGCCAUCUACAUUGCAUCAAAAAUUGAAAUUUAUUGUUGGGAGUAAGAUGAUUUGUUUAAUGGGAGAGGAAGAUUUUCUGAUAACAAAACCGAUAUCAACCCCAUAUGUGGAGGCAACAGAAGAAGCUUUAGAGUGUUCUUUUCGCUCUUUUGAAAUUGCUCAUGCAACUAUGAUGGAAGCAACUGCAGGUGAAGUAAUAAAGUCACACAUGCCUAAAGUUACGACAAAAAGGAUGAUGAGAAGUGGAGGAUAUGGUUUGAAUCAAAGCUUGGAAACACUUCUAAAUACACCAAGCAAUGAAGGGAGAUUUGGUUUGGGUUAUAUGCCAAACGUAUAUGAUAAAAUUAGGCUUCAAAAAGAAAAGAAGAAAAGGUGUUUGGAAAAGCAAGGGAUGAUGGUGUUUGAUCCAAGUCUAAAAUUUAUACCAGCAUUAUAUGAUACUUUCAAGAGUGCUGGUAUAAGUUACUCAUCACGUGACUCUGAUUCAAAACAUUGUUUGUUAACAAAGAUGGAGAGUUUAUCAAUUGCAGCAGUGGCACAAGAAGCAUCAUUUGAAGAUGAAACAGUUUAUGCAUGUCCACCUAAUUUUGAGCUUAACAAUUGGGAUGUUUUUCUUUCUUGCAUCUUGCAAAUUAAACACAAAAGUCCAAACUUUUUCAUAGACAACAUUCAUAAGAACGAAGAUGUUAGUAAUUCCAGUUCUACCCUUGAUACCUUAAUAUACACUAUGGAAUCUGACAAAGAGAGUGACGAUGAAAAUGCUGGGAGAAUAUCCUCAGAACUGUUAAGAUUAGUAGAAGAAGAAGAUAAGGUCUUAGGUCCUCACCAAGAGCUAGUUGAAGUAAUCAAUUUGGGUUCUCAGGAGGAAUCAAAAGAGGUAAAAAUUGGCACAUCAAUGACCAGUGAAACUCGAAAAAAAAUAAUCAAUUUGUUACGUGAGUACUCAGAUAUUUUUGCUUGGAGUUAUCAGGAUAUGCCGGGGUUAAAUACGGAUAUUGUAGUACAUCGUGUUCCUUUGAAGCCAGAAUGCAAUCCAGUAAGACAAAAGCUACGUAAAAUGAAGCCUGAUAUAUUGAUUAAAAUAAAAGAGGAAGUACAAAAACAAAUUGAAGCAGGAUUCCUCAUAGUCUCCAAAUAUCCUGAAUGGGUGGAAAUUGUUCCAGUACCUAAAAAAGACGGAAAAGUGAGAAUGUGUGUGGACUAUAGAGAUUUAAAUCGAGCUAGUCCAAAAGAUAACUUCCCUUUACCUCACAUCGACAUGUUGGUGGAUAACACUGCAGGAUAUUCAACUUUCUCCUUCAUGGAUGGUUUCUCAGGAUAUAAUCAAAUCAAAAUGGCUGAAGAAGAUAGAGAAAAAACAACAUUCAUUACCCUUUGGGGAACAUUUUGCUACAAAGUAAUGCCUUUUGGUUUGAAAAAUGCCGGGGCAACAUAUCAGCGAGCAAUGGUUACACUUUUUCAUGAUAUGAUGCAUAAGGAAAUAGAGGUGUAUGUUGAUGAUAUGAUUGCAAAAUCCAAGGCAAAUGAAGAUCAUACAACUAUACUUCAAAAAUUAUUCGAUCGGUUGAGAAUCUCGGGAAAACUGUUGGGAUUCAUUGUCAGUGAAGAAGGGAUCAAAGUAGACCCAGAUAAAGUGAAGGCUAUCAUGGACAUGCCAUCCCCUGAAACGGAAAAAGAAGUUCGAGCCUUUCUUGGAAGACUGAAUUACAUAUCCAGAUUUAUCUCACAUUUGACCCCAACUUGCGAACCAAUCUUCAAGCUUUUACGUAAAAAUAAUCCAGGAAAAUGGAAUGAGGAUUGUGAAGAAGCUUUCAACAAAAUUAAGCAAUAUCUACAAAGCCCACCUGUAUUGAUACCUCCAGCUCCAGGACGGCCGUUAAUCCUAUACUUGACGGUUUUAGAAGGUUCUAUGGAUGGUGUUCUAGGACAACAUGACUUAUCAGGAAAGAAAGAGCAUGCUAUUUAUUAUUUAAGCAAAAAAUUCACCGAUUAUGAGUCGAAAUACUCAAUGUUAGAGCGAACUUGUUGUGCUUUGGUAUGGACCGCUCACCGUUUGAGGCAAUAUAUGUUAUAUCAUACGACAUGGCUUAUUUCAAAAAUGGAUCCAAUAAAAUACAUUUUUGAGAAACCGUCAUUAUCUGGUAGAAUUGCAAAGUGGCAAGUUUUGUUGUCAGAGUAUGAUAUUGUUUAUGUUACUAAAAAAGCAAUAAAGGGAAGUGCGCUUGCUGAUCAUUUAGCUGCCCAACCAGUAGCAGAUUACGAGCCAAUGAGCGUUGAUUUUCCUGAUGAAAACAUAUUUUUAGUUGAAAAUGAUGCUACGGAUCAUGAGACUUGGAUUAUGCUUUUUGAUGGUGCCUCAAAUGAGUUGGGACAUGGGAUUGGAGUUGUACUAAUUUCCCCAAAAGGAAAGGUAUUUCCCCUAACAGCUAAGUUAUGUUUUGAAUGCACUCACAAUAUCGCUGAAUAUGAAGCUUGUAUUAUGGGACUUCAAGCAGCAAUCGACAUGAGUGUUAAAAAGUUGAAAGUUUUGGGUGACUCAAUGCUAGUAAUACAUCAAGUCAAGGAAGAAUGGGAAACAAGAGAUGCUAAAUUGGUUCCUUAUAGCCAAUACAUUGCAAAAUUAUCUCAAAAUUUUGAGAAAAUUUCAUUUGACCAUGUUCAUAGGGAAGACAAUCGAAUGGCAGAUGCAUGCACCCUGACAGUCAUGUUUAAUCUUAAUCUUGAGUAUGAGCUGUAUCCAAUCCAAAUUACGAAAAGAGAUGCGCCGGCAUAUUGCAUGAAUAUUGAAAAUGACAACAAGCCAUGGUAUUUUGAUAUCAAGCAAUACAUAAAGUGUAGAGAAUAUCCAUAUGGAGCUUCAAAGAAUGACAAACGCACAAUAAGAAGGUUGGCCAUGAACUUUUUCUUAAGUGGUGAAGUUCUUUAUAAAAGAAACCAUGAUAUGGUACUCCUUCGGUGUGUUGAUGUGGAAGAAGCAAAACAAAUUAUGAUAGAAAUUCAUGAAGGAAUAUGUGGAACACAUGCUAACAGACAUACUAUGGCCAGACAAAUACUUAGAUCUGGUUAUUAUUGGACAAUGAUGGAAUCAGACUGCAUAAAAUAUGCAAGAGAAUGUAAAAAGUGUCAAAUUUACAUGGAUAGGAUUCAUGCAGCAGCAUCUCCAUUGCAUGUCUUGUCAGCACCAUGGCCAUUUUCUUUGUGGGGAAUUGAUGUUAUUGGACCCAUUGAUCCUAAAGCCUCAAAUGGUCAUCGUUUUAUUCUUGUAGCCAUUGAUUACUUCACUAAAUGGAUAGAGGCGGCAUCUUACUGCAAUGUUACAAGAGGAGUGGUACUCAAGUUUAUAAAAAAAGAGUUGAUCUGUCGUUAUGGUCUACCAGAGGGUAUUAUUACAGAUAAUGCCAAGAACCUUAAUAACAAAAUGAUGGACGAACUUUGUGAGAAAUUCAAGAUCAAUCACAGAAAUUCGACUCCAUAUCGCCCCAAGAUGAAAGGGGCAGUUGAAGCAGCCAACAAAAAUAUUAAAAGAAUUAUUGAGAAGAUGACAACAACAUACAAAGAUUGGCAUGAAAUACUACCGUUUGCAUUGCAUGGAUAUCGCACAUCAGUUCGUACUUCAACAGCAACACCAUUUUCUUUGGUUUAUGGUAUGGAAGCUGUCCUACUAGAAGUUGAGAUACCUUCAUUGAGAGUUCUCAUGGAAGCUAAGUUAGAUGAAGCUGAAUGGAAAAGAAGUCGUUAUGAGCAGUUGAAUUUCAUUGAAGAAUAACGUUUGACAGCAUUAAGUCAUGGACAACUUUACCAAAAAAGACUAAUGCGAGCAUACAAUAAAAAGGUACACCCUCGAAGUUUUCGAGAAGGAGAUUUAGUGUUAAAAAGGAUACUUCCAUUUCUAAAGGACCAUCGAGGAAAAUGGACUCCUAAUUAUGAAGGUCCGUUCGUGGUAAAAACAUUUUCAGGAGGAGCUUUACUUUUAACCAAUAUGGAUGGUGUUGAGUUAAAAAAUCCGGUGAAUUCAGAUUAUGUUCGAAGAUACUAUGCGUGA